CUGUGAUAUCACUAAUCCAUUUGGCUUAAGAUUGUUUUGAAAGAGUGCGUUCCAUGAAGAGAAAAGCUUCGUUUAUGGCACAAUUGUUACUCGUAGGAACACCAGUUGAAAAGAAAAACAAGGAACUCCAUACAAAACUAAGAAGUGCAACGUUGAAUGAGAAAAAAUCGCCGAAGUAGACUUGCAGUAAGCAGUUCGUGUGCCACUGUAAAUGGCCUACGGAUAGAGUGAAAAUGGAUACAUAUUCCACAAAAUCGGCACAAACAACGCAGACCACGAACACAAGUGAUUCUUCAUAUCCAAUUUUGUUCCAGCUUCAAUCAUCAGUAGACAAGGCCCCUGUAGCUCAAAAUAACGGCCUGUCGAGUCCAUAUACGAGACGAAAAAGCCAUGUACAUGCACACACGUUGAAACGGGUACGAAUUGCAUUGGCUCUGUUGGGGAUUCUCGGAAUUGUCAUGGUUAUUUUUGUGCUUAGCUUUUACCUUCCAGAGGGUCGGCAAAUCGGUGAAAAAGAUGUGAAUUAUAGUUUGGGUAAAGAAAGCCACGGGUCGUUAGUGUUUAAUGUUAGAACAGCUGGGAUUCUUCUACAUAAUUCAAUUACAAACACAAGCUUGCGAAUCCAAACAAAGCUUUCGAACACUGCAAGUGCUGCUCUCAAAGUCAUUAGUCACUCGGAUACAAACAUCGUUUUGAAAACGGACAGUGCAGUCUUUAGGGUAUCGUUACAAAGCAGUGACAAACAGUCGAUGUGCUGGAAUAUCUCGAUUUCAAGAAUCAAGCCAGGCAAUAUUGGGAAAUGCGUCGAAUUUGGAAAUGGUAAGUGGUACGGAAUAGGGGAGAGAUAUUUCCAAACGUGGCUUCUAAAUGAUGCGAAUAUCAGUAUGGUGCCGUUUACUACUUUUGAUAUAGCCCAGGGAAAGGUCAAUAAAAGCUAUGGUGGCGUUAUUGAGCCAUAUAUGUUUAGCUCUCUUGGUUUUGGUAUUAAAAUAGAUAGGACUAAACUCCUGAGAAUGAGCGUGAACAAUCCAGACAAAGGAAAACUUUGUGUACUGUUGUCAUCGGAUGAUGAUCGCUCGAUUAGAAGCACUGGGAACACAGUCGAACUUAAUUACACUGUUUGCAUGUCUAAAAAUGUACGGGAGGUGCACAAAUACAUGUUGGAGAAGUUUUUUUCAAAGCCGUUACAAACACCGGAUACGCGAAUGCUGACAUCACCAAUAUGGUCAACAUGGGCAAAGUACAAGAAAAAUAUCACCCAGGAGAAAAUUCUCGAAUUUGCAAGAGACAUAGUGAAUCACAGCAUGCCAGUCAGCCAGCUCGAGAUUGAUGACAAAUAUUCCACUCACUAUGGAGAUUUUGAUUUUGACCCUGCAAAAUUUGAUGAUCCAAUUAAAAUGAUUAAAGACUUACAUUCAAUGGGUAUGAGGGUCACAGUUUGGGUCUACCCAUUUGCUAAUCUGAAUUCCAAAGCAUUGAAUGAUGGUGCUGAUUUCUGGGUGAAAAGUGGUAGGAGCCCUGGAAUUGUUCUAUGGUGGAACGGGCUUGGUGCUGUUCUUGAUACAACUAAUACAGAGGGAGUCAGUUGGUUCAAGAACAGGAUAAAGACAUUCAUCAACCAAUUUGGGCUGGACGGUUUGAAAUUUGAUGCAGGAGAAGUGAGGUACUUACCAGAUUCUUAUAAGUUUUAUCAACCAUUGGAUAAUGUCAACUUCUUUUCAAGCAAGUAUGUAGAAAUGGCAUCAACAUUUGGUGGACUGGGGGAGGUCAGAGUUGGAUAUGGCAACCAAAAUUGCUCACUUUUUACUAGAAUACUUGACAGGUCAUCAACGUGGGGCAUUGACAAUGGUUUGAAAUCAGUUGUUACAUCAACACUGACCUUUGGUAUUUUAGGAUACCCUUUUGUACUUCCUGAUAUGGUUGGUGGAAAUGCGUACAUUGGAAAACCAGACCAAGAGUUGUAUAUAAGGUGGAUUCAACUCAACGCCUUCUUACCAUCUAUACAGUUUUCAAUAGCACCCUGGGAUUAUAACCCAAAGACGGUUAAUCUCACAAAAGCUGCACUGGCUGUUCGAGACAUAAUUGCCCCAGAUAUUCUUAAGUUCGCAAAAAUUGCAGCCAGUACUGGAUACCCCAUUGUGCGCCCGCUUUGGUGGCUGGCACCCAAUGAUACCAUUGCUUUGACUGAGGAUAGUGAAUUUUUAAUUGGAGACAAAUACUUGAUUGCACCAGUUUUAGAGAAAGGAGCUCAAGAGAGGACUGUAUAUUUGAUUGAAGGUUCGUGGCAAGAAAUGUUUGGGGACAAGAAAGUAUUCAAUAUCAGUAGUGAAGGGAAGAGAAUUUUGUACAAAGUAGGGUUAGAAGAUAUAAUAUAUUUUAAGAAUCUAAACAGUGAAGAGUAACUGUAUUUGGUCAUGAUGAUGGUAAAUAUUUUUGAUUUUGUAUCACUUUGAUAUUUUGUUAGAAUGGCAUAAAAAGGCAUCUCUUUGGUGAAAGCAAAUUCACGAAAUUAUUUGGUGAAAGAGCUCAGAAGCUAAUAUAGUUGAAGUGAAAUAAUGUCAAACUUUUAAAGCAGCAUGAGCCAUGUCUAAAACAAAUUUUGAUUCUGUACUAAAGAGUAAAAGCUUCAUGCCACCAAGGUAUCUUUACUAUUGGGUCAAACAGAAAUUAACUCCAAAACUGGUUUUUAUAGGAUAGCUUUACAUAAGAAGUUGCCUUGAAGGUAAUCUUCACAGCAAAUAGCAAAGAAAAUCUAGGUAUAAAUAUUGGCAGUCAAUAAGCUAGUCUUAAUUUCCAGACACCUUUUUGUCCGAACACUGUGCGGACACAGAAGCCAUGAUAAAACUGAGCCAUAUUUGUAUUAUUGAGAACUUUGUUUUAAAAACAUGUCUGUUGCCAGAUACCCUCAUUCAUGCCUGAGCAGACCUCAGGUGUUCUUGUGCUAACCAGAGAUAUCAAUGUUGACAAUAUCAAUGGUUUUUGUAAAGGAACUGGCCAAGGUUUCUCGGCAGUGGAGCUAACCCAUUUUUAAAGGAGCCGAUGCAUUGUAGAGAGCCAUAUUUAGGGAUUUGGAAGACUUACAACCCGCCCCAUAUGGGCAGAUGUAAAAUUAUUCCCUGCAGAUGUAAAAUUAUUCCCUGCAGAUGUAAAAUUAUUCCCUGCAGAUGUAAAAUUAUUCCCUGCAGAUGUAAAAUUAUUCCCUGCAGAUGUAUAAUUAUUCCCUGCAGAUGUAAAAUUAUUUCCUGCAGAUGUAGAAAUAUUCCCUGCAGUGCAGACAUAAAAUUUGAGCAGACUAUUCUCUAGGGCCCUCUAGAUGAAUCACGGACACACCCAACCCUCUGAAGCAGUAUUUGCUGUUUUUUAAGUAAUUCUUUUUAAUGUAAGGGUGUAGUUAUCUUGUUCAAGAGAUUUUUAAAGAAUAUAUGAACAAUGCUAGUAUAUGUUUCGAGUAUGUCUAUCCAGUGUUCAAGUGAAAGGCGAUUUGCUACAUUUGUUAGGAUAUGUGUAUAGAAGUUUAGUCAUAUUCUUGUUCAAAAUAUCGGCUUGUCUGCAUUUUAAAUGCACAAAUAGCAAUUGAAUUUUGUAUAUACACAUAUAGUCCAAAAUUCACUAGAUGUAUUGAUUACUUGCAAUUGUAAAAGAAAGCAAACAGAUUUUCAUAAUAAGAGCCAAAUCACUUUUAAAAUAUUCUUUGUUUGAGGUUUUGAAGAGAACUAUUACAACUUAAGACAAUUACAGCUUUUGUCUCAGGAAGGCAAAAAGUUUUUAAGAGAUGUCAUUAAAAAUAACCUGAUAUGUUCAAUUUUCUUAAAGUGGGUUGCCAGAAUCAAUUUAUCUUACUGUAUCGGUCAGUGUGUAAAAGUUAAUCGCAAGUUUUUGUACAAUUGUUUAUAGUUUUUUACUCGAGUGUCUGCAUCAUAAAACAGACAUUUCUGAUCCCAGCAUGCAUAACAUAAUAAGGCCUUCUCAAAAAAAUUUCCCUGUCAAGGUGUACAGCCAGAAUUUAUAUUCCUCUAGGAACAAAACACCCCUAGGACAGCCUAUGUCAACAUGCAUUUGAAAGUUCAAUAGUUUGAAAUGUGCCUUUUCGCAAAAAGUUCUUUAUAGUGCUAUUUGGACAUUUGGUAGAGUACACGCGCGUAGACGCGGAAUAGCGCGGUUCCUGCUUAUGAUGGUUCCUAGCUUCAUUUUCUUUGUCAGACUGUGGAACUUCAAAUCCCAAUAUAUUAGGACGAAAAAGUAUCUGUAGUCCGUAAAUGAACGCUGGUCUAAAUGGUCAAAGAAAUAGUGCGUUGUUAUCUGUAUAUAUUUGCAAUUUUCGUUAAAGUUGGUUUAAAGAAGAUAAUAUUAACUUCAUGUUUAUUUGAUAUAAUUUCAUAUAUAAUUACUUGGUUCUAGAUACUUCCUUCUACUUACAUGUUUGUUGUUACAUCUAUCAAUCAAUUAAUAUAUUUAAUUGCCAUAUUUAUAUAUUUUGUCACAUACAGACGAUCUUGUGAUAUUUUAUAAAUUGAUUCGCAACGUUAUUUUCCUUCCAUUA